AUGGACAACCUGGUGGAUGAUAAUGACAACAACUUCAGUUCACUUGACCUGUAUGAUGACCUGAUAACAGAUGAGGGACUCAUUCGUCAAGACAACUAUGAUGAGUUGUCUAGAAAAUAUGAUGAUGCUGUCCUGAAGAUUAAACAGUUAGAGUCAGAAGUGGAUACCCUGAGGAAAUCAGAGUCUAGACUUACUGAGAAAUGUGAUACUCUUGAGAGGAACAUUUCCUCUCUGUUUCUGACUGCACGCCUGGAACUAAAGCGCAAGGAUAACAUUAUACAACAAAACAAGUUCAUGAGAGAACCAAGAACCCAAGGCAGACCUACAUCUGAUGCAAUUCCAAGGUUCAACAGAGGUGAUAAGAGAAAUCACCGGGAAUUUCCUGAAAGUGGAAAAAGUAGUGUUUCAAUCACAGCAGGUAACGGAAAUACUAAAAGACGUCUUUCCAGUGAUGACAGAGAGGAAAAGGUUCAGAAAAAACGCAAGUUCUUGGACAAAACUGAUAAAAAGAAGGAGGAUAAUGCCACAAAAUGUGAUCUUUCAGGACCAGAUAACUGUAGACAGAGUGCUGCUAAAAAAAUACUGGAAAAGAGUAAGAAAGACAUUCAAAGGAGGUUGAGUGGGGGAAGGUCAUCAAUACAUUUAGAUACUGAGCAUGGUGAAAAACGUGAUAGAGAGAGGUUUAAAAGAGACAAGGAAGAUAGAUGUUCAGAGAAAGAAUUAAGUAAAUUUAAAAAGAAUGAACGACAUGAAAAGAAACAAAAAAAUACUAUGGAGAACGAAAACAGAGGUGAAUCAAAAAGAAAAGACAAAAAACACUCUGAAUCCACCCUUGGAAAAGACCACUUCACUGAAGAUAAUGUGAACAAGAAAUCAGGUUCAGGAAUAUCUUGUGAUUUAAGGGAAAAACUCCGACUUAAAAGAUUGAGAAAUGAAGAAAAUUCUAAGAAUACUAAUUCCCUGGAAAGUAAUAUUUCAGAGAAAAUAAAAUCAAUUGUGAAAAUUUCAUCACCAAAGGAUACUAACAAUAGAUCUAGAAAUAAAUGGAUUGAAGAUAAAUCUUCUCAGUAUGCCCCUAUGUCCAAAUCCUGUGUUUCAAAAGAGAAGAAUGAUGAACUAUAUAGGAAAGCUGAUCAUUUGUCACCCAUUUCAAAGUCAAGAAUGGACUGUGAAAAGCAGGUCACUACAAACAGAAAGCUCCAGUUAGUCAGAAAACAUGACUCCGACAAACUGAAUAGUCAGUCAACAGGUCAUCAAGGAACAGUUACUUCAAGCAAACUUUGUGCAGACAAAACUUUACAUUCUGACCAAUCUUGUCCUAUUACAUCUGUGAAGAAGACACCUUCACUUGAUAAACUUACAAGCAGUCAGAAAAUACCUCCAGCACAAAGGAAGGAAGUUGGUGGUCAAAUUAAAUCAGGGGAGACAACCCUGGCUUAUGAAUUCAACACAAGAUCAAGGCAUAGUUCAAAAGGCAAACAGACAGAAAGAAAAAAGCAUGAACAAGACAAAGCUUCUAUCAAUACUUCUCAAAGGAAAAAAGUUGAAGUGGUAAAAGAUUUGAAUGAACCAGAUAACCAACAAACAGAUGUGUCAUUUGGAAACAUUAAACCUUUUCAAAAUCAUGGAGUCAACAUGGAUGAAAAAUUUGCUAAUUAUAAGCUAGAAAAGAAAUCAGGUAGCUCUCCAAAAUUAGAGUUUGAUGAACUGAAAAAGACAGUGAAAGUUGAUCCAGAGGUCAGUAGCUCGCAAGCCGUUGAACAUCAACAAAAUACAUUUUGUAAUAAUGUUUCUACUACUGAGUGCCACAACUCAGUGGAGGAUGUCAGAAUGUCAGCAAAACAUGUACAUGCUCCUUUAUCACCGAGAAAUGUGAAGCAGAAUUCAGAAGGAUUGAAGGACUCUAGAAAAGUUGAGACAGAAUAUAACCUUUCAUCUCCUGUCCAGAAGAGACAAGAGAAACCGGAACUAAAAACUAAGGAUCUAUCUGUUACAAAAAGUGAACAUGUCACCCCUUUGCCUAAUGGGAAGAAAAAAGAUAAACUGAAAGAGAAAGUCAAGGGUGAAAUACUUACUCCAAGUAAACACAGACACUUGUCCCAGGAUAAUGUAAAUGACUCGAUUAUACCAUCAGUUUCUAAAUCACAAGUUAAUGUUUCACCAGGCAGUAAAGAAAAUACCAGCAUGUGUGUGGGAUAUGUAAGUGACGAAAAAGAUGACCGUUCACAAACUCAGUUAUCAAAACCAGAGAAAUUUCUAAACAAACCAAACACAGAUGUAGUGCAGAUUUGUACUAUACAGGAAAAUCUAAAAGACAUUGAAACCAAGAAAAGUGUACCAAGGAAAGACAAGCUUCUUGAUAUCUUUGUGUCGGAGAAAACCAAGGAGAAACUGAAUAGUAAAUCAAACUUGGAUGUUAAUGACAUGACUAUUUCAGCCAUUAGACAGCAGCACGAUCAUGAUUACAAGUUUGUGAAGAAAGAAGACUACCAAGAAAAUAUUUCUGAAUCAGGUGGUUCUGUAAAGGAAUUACUCAGGUCGCAAAGACCAUCUGGUUUGACAGCAGAGGCAUCAGAGAUUGGAAGUGAAGUACCUAAAUCUUUAAUUGUUGUGUCACAUGGAACAGAUGAACUGGCCCCUGAGACAAUGGAAAUUGUAAAACAAGAUAUUGAGUCACACAGAAUGGAGAAACUGGACGUUAAGUCACAGGAAAUCCAGAAACCACAUCCUGAAUCACAGGGAAAGGAAACAAUAGACAUCAAGGUACAGGGAAAGGUAAAACAAGGGUCAAAUAGAAUGGAGAAACCAGAUUCUGAGUCACAGGGAAUGGAGAAACCAGAUUCUGAGUCACAGGGAAUGGAAAAACCAGAUUCUGAGUCACAGGGAAUGGAGAAACCAGAUUCUGAGUCACAGGGAAUGGAGAAACCAGAUUCUGAGUCACAGGGAGUGGAGACACUAGAUUCUGAGUCACAGGGAGUGGAGACACUAGAUUCUGAGUCACAGGCGGUGGAGACACUAGAUUCUGAGUCCCUGGGAAUGGAGAAACCAGAUUCUGAUUCAAAAGGAGUGAAGAAACCAGAUUCUGAGUUAAAAGGAGUGAAGAAACAAGACAUUAGAUCUCAGGAAAUCAAGAAAUUAGAGAGUGAAAUACAGAAAGUGAAAGAUCAAGAUGUUGAGCAACAGGAAAUGGAGAAACAAGAUGUUGUAUCACAUGAAAUUGAUAAGCUAUACUAUGAGCCACAGGGAAUAGUGAAACUAGAUUCUGAACCACAGGGAAUGGAUAUACCAGGCUCUGAGCAACAGGAAAUUGAGACCCUGGAUUCGGAGAUGCAAGAAGUGGAGAGACAAGACAUGAAGACACAGCAAAUUGAGAAUUUAGAGAGUGAAUCAAAGAGAAUGGAGAAAAAAGAUGUGAACCAGGGGAUGGAGAAACUAGAUUCUGAUCCACAAGGAAUUGAGAAACUAGAUUCUGAUCCACAAGGAAUUGAGAAACUAGAUUCUGAGACUCGAGGAAUUGAGAAACUAGAUUCUAAGUCACAGGUAAUAGAGUCACUAGAUUCUGAGUCAGAUGGAGUGGAGAUAUUAGAUCCUGGGUCACAAAGGGUGGAGAAACUAGAAUCCGAGCCUCAGGAAAUAGAGAUACUAGAUGUUGAAUCAUUUGGAGUGGAGAAACUAGAUUUUGAGCGACAGGGAGGGAGGAAACUAGACACAGAGUUGCUAGAAACGGAGAAAUUACUGGACACUGAGAUUUGUGAAAUGGGCAAAAUAGAUACUUGUGCACUUCAAACAGAUAAAUUAGACUCUCAGAAUAAUAGAAUGGAUAAACGAGAAAUUGAUAAUAAGGAGAGUUUGUUUUCAAUAAAUGAAGAAUGUUAUAGAAUACCACUAGAGACCAAAGAAAGUCCAGGUAAAAGCAGCAAGGGACAGUUGAUUUUGAAUGAUGUUGGAAAAGACAGACUACUCAACACUGAUAAUGAUUUAAACAAGGAUAAAGAUGUGGUGGAUGAUACAGCAGCAAUGAGAAAAAGAUCUAUAUCAUCUGUACAAAGUGACUCUACCCUAGAGAGCGACCUUGAGUUGAGCUCAGAUAGUGAGUCGGAGGAAAUGUCUGAUGAAGUUCAGGCAAACUCCUCCUGUGAAGAAAAUCAGAAUAGAGAUUCUGAAACUUAUUCUUCAGACACAAAAAGAAGUGUGUCAAACCCAGACAAAGUUCAUCUGGAUCUGAAUAAUUCUGUGGUUAGUUACACAUCAGAAUCAGGAUCUGACAGAGAUGAAGAAUAUAGUGAGGGAGGAAGUCAGUCAGAUGUUACUGACAUAGAAACUGGAGAAAAUUCCUCUAAACCUGAUGUAUCACUGACUCCAAAACAAAUUAUAUCUGGAGAAGUGAUUCAAAGGAGAGAGCAAAGCAAACUAGAGAUAUUCAAACCAAAGCAGGCUGAUCUACUGCAGACUACUGAUAGAAACAAUGACAAUGAGGAUCUUGAUUAUGAAUGCGAGUCUGACAGUUCCUCACUUUCUUCUGAGCAAGGAGAUGAGAAAUCAGGAAUUGAUCGUGAACAUAUGCACAAAAUUGGUGAGAAACUAACUGAGGAUGAUUUACAAGAUGAACUCAUGCUUUGUGUGUCGCCCUCAGAAAGCAUGGAAUUUGACACACUGGAAAAUAUUGAAGAAACUAUUGAUAAAAAUGUUAAAGGCAAGAGAUUUAUCUCACCAAAGAAAACGCUUCUGUACAGCAGAUCAGAACAAGAGGAUGACCAGAAAUUAUCAUCAAAGCAAAAUGUUCACAGAUCUCCAGUGGCUACAGAAAUGUCCAAAAACCAAGGAAACGUGCACAGACUGAAUCGGAGAAAGCCAAGCAAUGACUUUAUGCCAUCAAGGGAAAAUGAUAAUGUAGUUCAUGAUGUGAAGAGAAAAAGUGAGUCAUACAGUAAGGGUGUGGGUGAUGAAAUCAUUCUUGACUCUCAUCAGUGUUUUGAUGAGGAAAGACUGAAAGAAAAAGAAAGGAAAAGUGAAGUAUCGGCCAAAAUUAAAUAUGAAAGACGAGACAAGAAUCGUCUUCCUGAUAAUGAAAGAAUAUCAAAGAAAAAAGAAAGGGAAAAGACAUCCAAAGAUCGUCAUGAUGAUAUAGACAGGAUAUGUAAAGGUCGUCAUAGUGAUGAGGAAAGGAUGGAGAAAUAUCGUCAUAGGGAUAGAGACAAGAUAUUAAAAGAUCGUCAUAGUGAUAAAGAAAGGACAUGUAAGGAUCGUCAUAGUAGCAAGGAAAAGACUUGUAAAGAUAGUGACGAGGAAAGGGUACAGAAGAAUCAUAGGGAUAAAGACAGGACAUCUAAGGAUCGUCAUAGUGACAUGGACAGGACCUGUAAGGAUCGUCAGAGAGAUAAAGCCAGGACAUCUAAGGAUCGUCAUAAGAAAAGGACAUGUAAGGAUCCUCGUAGUGUUAAGGAAAGAACAGCAAAGGAUCCUCACAGUGAUAAAGAAAGAACAUAUAAAAAAUGUCAUAAUGAUGUUGAAAGAAUACGUAAGGAUCGCCACAGGGAUAUAGACAGGACAUGCAAGGAUCGCCACAGAGAAAGGGAAAGGUUAUCAACUGAUCGCUAUGGGAAGAAAGAAAGAAAAUACAAGGAUCGUCAUGGUAAUACGGAAAGGAUAUCCAAUGAUGGUCGUCAUUGUAUGGAAAGGUCAUCCAGGAAUCAUCCUAUUGAUACAGAAAAGACAUUCACAGAUCGUCAUAAUGAUUUGGAAAAGAUAUCCAAAGGUCGCCAUAGCAAUACUGAAAACACGUUUAAAUAUUGUCAUAGUGAUAUGGAACAGCCUUGUACAGAUCGUCAUAGGGAAGCAGUUAGACUCUGCAAAGAUCACCAUCAUGAUAGAUAUAGGGAGACAUCGUCUAAGGAACAUCUGUCUGAUCAUAUGUCUGAUAAGGAAAGUAUUAACAAACACAAGGAACUGAGAUUUAAGGAACAGUUGAAUGUGAAAGAUAGGACAUUUAAAGUUCAGAUGAAACCCAAGUAUGACAGUCCUAAGAUAGUGCGUACUGUAACUUCAGAAACCGUAUUUUCUGCAGAGGGUUCGCAUAUUCAAAUGGAUACAAUGGAAUUGUAUGAUGAUCAUAAACAAGAGGGUGUGAACAAUCGAUUGUCACAGAGUGUAGAUAGUACGGUAUACCUACCUGACAUAAAGGGUACAGAUAAUGUAACGAUAUGCCAUACCGACACUGUGGAUAACACAACAAUAUGUCACACUGUCUCUAGUGUUCAUGGAUAUCCUAAUACCCAAAGUAGGGACAGACCAAAUCAAACAAUGGCCAAUAAGAGGUCCUCUGUUCUGAGUGAAACAUGUCAAAGUACUAUAGUGAAUAUUACUCGUACUGAUUCUGAUGAUGAGGACAUAGAAGUGCGUGUUACUGAUAGUUCUAAUAACAGUUCAGAAGGCUUCCUGUCAGAUGUUUCUGAACCAGAGAAAUGUGCUCGCGUAAGGACUUGGCAAGAAGUUGCCAAAGUAUUUCGUGAAAAUGUUGAUAAUAUAUACGUAGAGGAAAUAGAACAGGAGGUUGAGGAGAAAUCAGACAGUAAUGACUGUUCCUCUGAUUCUGAAAAUAACAGCAGUGAGGAUGACAAUGAAAGUGAUGACAGUUGUUACGCCAUUGACACCAGUGAUACUUUUGAGCUAUGUAAAACGUCAGAUAUGUUUUCCAGUGGGGUAGGUGAUAACUGUGAAUCAAGCAGGGAUAUUAUUCCUGAAAAUGCUUCUAAUAACCAGGAUCCCCGUCUUCACAGUCUGCCAGAAACAUACACUGAUAAUGCCAGUGACAAUUUUUCGGAUUGUUUAGGUGACAGAUUUCAUGAUUUCCCAGUAAGCCUUCCUGGAAAAAGCAUUGUGAAAGAAGAAUCUUUGGAGGAGGGUGAAAUUCUUACUGAUUCUGAAGAAAAAGAACCAAACAAUGAAAAGUCUAGAAAACCUGGUGAAAUGAUAACAUCUCCAGGCAAAAAUGUGAUAAAAGCUGACAAACAGGGAAGUCAGCAACUUAGUGAUGAAUCAUAUCACCAUAGAAACAGAAUGGACAAAUGUUCUGAGAGGCCAUUGAUUUCACCAAGGCCUUCUCCAAGAAAGGGGAGAUCACAACGUGAUGAAAUGUAUCGUAGAAAACAUUUACAAACAGCUGUGAAAGUUCUCCAGAACAGGUCGCGAGAUAGAAGAUCACACAAAGUAACUGGUAAAAGUCCAUUGACAGUACGGACAUAUGAGGAUAAUCGGGAUAUCAAUAGGGCUAAUCUUGAAAAUCAAAACAAGCCAACUGGUGGUUUGGAAGAUACACUUGCUGAUAGAAAAAGGAAGAGGUCAGGGUCAUGUGAACAGGGGUCAAAGAUAAAACAUGUCUCCCCAAGAAGAUCUUGA